UUAAGCAAGAAAUUUACCUUUUUCUGAGUGGUCCCUGAAGAAAUCCCAUACAGCCCAGCAUAGAUCUCGCAGUUGCAACAAUAUUGCUACGAUAUUAUAACAUCACGGCAACGGUUGCUGCAAUAUAUCUGCAAAGUUUGUGCUGUAUGGGAUUAAGAAGUUCGAGAAAUGAAAUUAUGGAAUUGAAUAAUUCGACACGGUGAUAGUACGAUCGGUAUCUCAGGUCAUGUCGACCCGGACGAAUCCGACAUGGAGACGGCUUUGCGCGAAACCCAGGAGGAGGCUGGCUUCGUGCCGAGCGAUCUGAAGAUCUUCGAGGACGCGAGACACGAGAUGACGUACAAGGUAAACGGAAUGCCGAAGAUCGUGAUCUAUUGGCUGGCGGAGCUCCUCAAUCCAGAAAAGCCUGUGACAUUGUCCAAUGAGCAUCAGGCGUUCGACUGGCUUCCAUUGAACGAGGCGUGCGAUCGCGCGAGAUACGACGAGAUGCGGAAAGCGCUCAAAGAAUUCGAUGAAUAUGUAUCGCAGAAACUUGAAUAGAUUUCGUUUCGAGAGAGAAUCGCUUAUAUAAUUUUUAUCUACGUUUAUCUUGUCCAAUUAUCUCCAACUCUACAUGUAUCGAAAUAUAUAUUCAAUGGAAACAA